AUGAUCCCCACAGGUCCGUUGGUUCAAGAACCAGAAGAAGAAGAAGAAGAAGGUGAAGAUAAUGACGAGAUCAUGGACUGGCUUAACAAGAAAGAGACAUCAUCGACCGUUUUGGUGACGUUUGGAUCAGAAUCGUUUCUGUCAAGAGAGGAAACAAGUGAAGUAGCUAAAGGGUUGGAGUUAAGCAUGGUGAAUUUCAUUUGGGUACUUAGAUUUCCUUUUGAGGAGAAGAUUUCAAUUGAAGAAGCCCUACCGAAUGGCUUUCUUGAGAGGGUAGGUGAUAGAGGGCUUGUAGUUGAGAAAUGGGCUUCUCAUGCUAGAAUCUUGGAGCACCAAAAUGUUGGAGGAUUUGUAAGCCAUUGUGGGUGGGGUUCUACAAUGGACGCUAUGGAAUUUGGGGUUCCAAUUGUGGCUAUACCCAUGAACUCAGACCAACCUGUGAAUGCAAGGCUAGUGGAAGAGAUCGGUGUGGGUUUGGAAGUAAAUAGAGAUGAGAAUUAA